AUGAAGACUAUUAUCUUCGUUUUAACCCUGAUCUGCUCGACUCUUGCAGCCCCAGAGUCCCUCAGGCAACAUUUCCGUCGCAACCCCAAACAAAUCAAUCCAUCACCAAGAGUUGUAGGAGGAAACAUUGCGGAACCUCACUCCCUACCAUACCAAGUGUUCCUUGAAUUUUAUACAGAAACGUCUGGAAAGUACUGCGCUGGUUCCCUAAUUUCACCAAAUUAUGUUCUGACAUGUGCAUCGUGUGCCAAUGGUACUGUUGAGGUGUUAGUAACUCUUGGUGCUCACAAUAUCUAUCUCACAGAACCCACUCAAAUCAACGUUUACAGCACUGAUAUUAUAGUGCAUGAAGAUUUUAGCGAAUUGUAUGGAGGGGGCAACGACAUCGCUCUUGUUAAGCUCCCGAAAACUAUCACUUAUACUGAUGCUAUCCAGCCCGUGGCACUACCAAAAAGAGCUGAUAUUGAUAAAGACUAUAUCGGAGAAGUGGGACGAAUGGCUGGAUGGGGCGUAGAUUUUGGUUUCACGGUGGAUGUAAUGUUCGAUGUUUUGCGCUAUUUUGAUGCUACUGUUAUCAGUAGACAUGAUAAAGAGUGUCAGCUAUAUGAAGAAACGGACGACAUGUUUUGUACUUCUGGAGAGUAUAAUGAUACUUAUGUAGGUCCUUGUGAUGGAGAUGAAGGUACUGGUUUAGUGUCGGAUGGUGUUCUUAUUGGGAUAAAUGCCUUUAAUGUUUAUUGUCUGGAAAGUCUCCCUGGAUUUCAUACAAGGGUUGCCAGCUUCUUGGAUUGGAUUAGUUACAAUAGUGAUGUUAUAAUAGAUCAGGAGCGUUUAAUAGAAACUGUAAUGGAUGCAUUAAUAGAUAAUCGGAUUAUCUACGUACUGGAAGAUAACAACUGGCACUAUAAAGAACAAGACUUGACGAAGACCAUCGAACUAUCUGAUGAAACCAUGAAGACUAUUAUCUUCGUUUUAACCCUGAUCUGCUCGACUCUUGCAGCCCCAGAGUCCCCCAGACCACAUUUCCGUCGUAACUUCAAACAAAUCAGUCCAUCACCAAGAGUUGUAGGAGGAAAUAUUGCAGAACCUCAUUCCUUACCAUAUCAAGUUUUUCUUGAAUUUUAUACAGAAACGUAUGGAAAGUACUGCGGUGGUUCCCUCAUUUCACCAAACUAUAUUCUGACAUGUGCAUCGUGUGCUAAUGGUACCGUUGAGGUGCUGGUAACUCUCGGUGCUCACAAUAUCUUCCUCACAGAACCCGCUCAAAUUAACGUUUACAGCACAGAUAUUAUAGUUCACGAAGGUUUUAAUGAAAUUUAUGGGCCGUUUAACGACAUUGCUCUUGUUAAACUCCCGAAAGCUAUCAGUUAUACUGAAGCUAUCCAGCCAGUUGCACUACCAAAAAGAGCUGAUGUUGAUAAAGUGUAUAUUGGACAAGUGGGACGAGUUGCUGGUUGGGGUUCAGAUAAUGGUUUGCGGGACGAAAUAUUUGAUGUUCUGCGAUAUUUUGAUACUACGGUUAUAAGUAGUGAAGAUAAAGAUUGUGAUUUAUAUAUAACACCGGAAGACAUGUUUUGUACCGCUGGAGAAUAUGAGGAUGUGUAUGUAAGUCCUUGUAAUGGAGAUGAAGGUAGUGGUUUCGCAUUGGGUGGCGUCCUAAUUGGGAUAAAUGCCUUUAAUGUUUAUUGUUUGGACGGUCUUCCUGGAUAUCAUACUAGCGUUACCAUCUACUUGGACUGGAUUAGUGAUAAUACUGAUAUUGUAAUAGAAUAA